AUCCGCAAAAUGCACAUGAGUAUUUUAAUAUGAAGCACUCACGAGCUAGGAAUAUUAUUGACCAUGCAUUUGGAUUACUUAAGAAUCGAUGGGCCAUCUUAUGUAGUGCCUCAUGGUAUUCUAUACGUAUGACCUAUCAGAUUAUAGUCGUGUGUGCUCUAAUACAUAAUUUCAUUCGACGUGAACAUGAUAUUGAUCCAAUGGAGGAUGAUGAAAUAGAAGAAGAGGAAGAUGUAGAUGAAGAAGAGGAAGAUGAACCUUCUCGGGGGCUAAUUAAGGCCUACCUAAGCAUGGACUACAUUUCGAGAAGAUUUAGCAACAAACAUGUACAACACUUGGAUUUAAUCUAUUAUGCAAGGUGACUUUGGAUUUAUUCUAUCAUGUAAGGUUACUUUGGAUUUAAUGUAUUAUGUAAGGUGACUUUGGAUUUAAUCUAUUAUGUAAGGUAACUUUGGAUUUAAUGUAUUAUGUAAGGUGAUUUGGAUUUAAUCUAUUGGUUUUGAUGAUUCUCA